UCUCGCGAGAAUGUGGACGAGAUAAAAACAUGUGGUGGGCAAAUUGAGAUCGAGAUUCGGAUAGAAAUUUUGUUUUUAAAUAAUUUUGUGUGAAAAAUGCCGCCAAAGAAUAAACAGAUCAUUCCUGAAUGGAACCAAUGCAUACACUGUAGUAGAAUAUUGGGUUAUAGAGACCUGUCAAAGCACAAAGAUGAAUGUUUGAGCAACAAAUCAUUUUCACAUGGUUAUGUUUUACACAAUAUUUUCAACGCAGUUGUCUGCCCUUUACCUGAAGGCAAAGGAGGAAAUAUUGACUUGCCCGUUCAGAUGAAAAAAGAUCUAAUUCUGAUGAAUCCCUCUGCCAUGCAGCUGUGUGGAUUUUACAUUGGAGGCUUAUGUGUGCUGAACAAGACUCACAUCAGAACAUGCUGGCCAUGUAGCAGUGUUGGCCUGUCAUCUGUGGCCAUUUCAGACAGCACAGAGGGUGUAAGACAAGGGGAGCUUGUCUCUUUAGAGCUGUUUAUAGACCCAUUACAACAUGCUGUAGAGGUGACGUUGAUGUCUAGUGAAUGUAGCCCUAUGUUCAAAGACGAAAUGUUUUUACAGUUUUUAUCAAGAUGUAAAGGUAAGUUUUUAAGAUCUUUUUGUUGUUAGAUGUACGUCACCUGUACAUAA